AUGUCGUGGACUGAAAGACCGUCAGCAUACGUGAGGGGACGGCAUAUCAUUACGAUCAUGCUCACGUUGACGACAAUCUUCCCUCGAGUGAUGAAUUCCGACCUCUGUAUCGCUCAAUUGCCAGUCAAAAAGAAAGUUGACAACGCAUUCCUUGGCAUGAUUUCGAGCUGGACUAUAUCGGCUUUGUCACUUGAACUGGUCAAGCAAUCGCAGUUGAGAUCAGUGUUGUUUGGAAGUUCAAGCGCUACUUUCCCCUUGUUGGCGCUCCUAAAGUGCGCAUUGCUGGGUUACGCCGAGCAAAUCCUAGUGCUCUGCGCUCUUCCACAGCCAAUAUCAGAGGAUAUCUCUAAACACAGUUUAAUCGUACAUAUUGGAUCAGAGCUGAUCGUACAAGAAUUGACGCUUGAGGAUUCGCUCUCAGCUUGA